GAUGUUUCCUUACAGUACAAACGUUCCACAGGCAACUGGGACAAAGACAUUCAUUCAUUACACACAGACCAUUGGGGCUGAUCUGUAUCACAGCUGCUCCUGGGGACCUGACGUGCCGCUCUACCCAAGUGGCACAAAGUGAGCACCGACCGGGUUCUGUCCAACUGACACCAUGAGGGCGGCGUGUCUCUUCCUGCUCUCUGUGCAUGGGAUAUUUGCUCAAUUGGAAACGGACCCUCUCUUCCCAUAUGGCGGCAACCAAGAUAUCUCCAAUUAUUACUAUUAUGAUGCAGACCCAACCGGGGGCCCAUUCCCACCCCCAGACCAAGAUCAGCAGCAGAACGUGCAACAGCAGCAGUUACAGCUGCAAUUCGAAACAAUUGACCAGGAACCUCAGCAGCAACAGCGACAGCAGCAGCAAGAGAUUAUCGUCGUGCCAACCCUAGACCCUGCUGUGACUGAGCCGACAGAGCCGGGACCUCUGGAUUGUCGGGAGGAGCAGUACCCCUGUACCCGCCUGUAUUCCGUACAUAAACCCUGCAAGCAGUGUCUCAAUGAAAUCUGCUUUUACAGCCUGCGGCGCAUGUACGUCAUCAACAGGGAGAUCUGCGUCCGUACUGUGUGUGCGCACGAGGAGCUGCUGAGAGCUGACCUGUGCCGGGACAAGUUCUCUCGCUGCGGGGUGAUGGCCAAUAGCGGGAUGUGCCAGUCCCUGGGAUCCCACUGUUCCAAGAGCUGCGGGGGCUGCUAAGGAUCUGCUGGGGGGGCCCCGUCCCCCUCCCCCACUCGGGGGGCUUCCCACACAGGGUGGGGUUACUAGUAUUAUUGUAUCUGUAUUGUACUGUAUGUGCCCCGAGGGCUCCGAGCCUCCGUAUCUACUGUUUAUAUGAUAGCCGGCCCUGCUCACUGCACCGGUAGCCAAUGGCUAGUGGCUUCUCAUAACGGCCACGCUGCCAGCCUGGGGGGGUCCCAUGGGAAAACAGAAGCCCCCCCACAGGCAAUGGGCUCCUAGGCCUCUUCCUUCUUCCCAUCAUGCAUUUCACUCCUAUGUUCCCCUUUCUUAACCCUUUGUCCCCCAAUCUCCUUCAUUCCUCAUUGCACUUGUAUUUCCAGAUGUCCCCCCACAUAUAUACAUUCUGCCCCCCCCCCCCCCCCAGUCUCACAUAAGGGCUGAUGUUACUUGACUUCUUUUUGUAAUUGUUUUGUACAAAAGAUGAAUAAAGUGCAGAAUUUUACCUUGUGCUGGAAAA